UCGGCGCAGUGGGUGCUGGGAUUGUCAAAACAAGCCGCAUCCGUCCGUCCGUUCUGAGGUUAGACCCACACAGGCAACGACGCCAUCUUGAAAACUUGGGCUUGUUGCUGUUCUUUCCCGCCGAUCGCGACACAGAAAUGCAUCUAUAUUGUUAAUAGUUUAGUUCCCUGCUCUCAUUUUAAAUUUAUUUAAAACAAUCCCCGUCCCGGUUUAAUUACUCCGCAUAAUAAAUAUAUGAAACGGUUGGUGCAUCAUGUUUUGGAAGUUUGAUCUUCACACAUCAUCCCAUGUAGACACGCUCCUGGAGAAGGAAGAUGUGACCCUUACUGAAUUAAUGGACGAGGAAGAUGUUUUGCAGGAAUGUAAAGCUCAGAACCGUAAACUGUUGGAUUUUCUGGUCAGACCACAGAGUAUGCAUGAUUUGGUAACGUAUAUCACCCAGGAACCACCAGAUGACAUGGACGAAAAGAUGAAAUACAAAUAUCCCAACAUAUCAUGUGAGCUGCUUACUUCAGAUGUAGCACAACUAAAUGACCGACUAGCAGAAGAUGAACCUUUGCUAACAAAACUUUACAGCUUUCUGCAGAAUGAGCUACCACUUAACCCUUUGCUUGCAAGUUUUUUCAGUAAAGUGCUAAGCAUUCUUAUCAGUAGGAAACCUGAACAGAUUAUUACAUUUUUACGAAAGAAGGAUGCAUUUGUAAGUUUAAUGCUCAAACACAUUGGGACGUCGGCACUUAUGGACUUGCUACUCAGGUUGUUGACAUGCAUUGAGCCACCACAGCUAAGGCAAGAUGUUUUAAAUUGGUUGAAUGAGGAAAAGAUUAUUCAACAUUUAAUAGAAAUGAUACAACCAUCUCAAGAUGAAGAUAGGCACUCCAAUGCAUCACAAUCGUUGUGUGAAAUCAUCCGCCUUAGUAGAGACCAGAUGAUUCAGAUGCAGAGCUUACCAGAACCAGAUCCACUUUUGGCCACAAUAGAAAAGCAAGAAACUUUAGACUACUUGCUUGCAAGUGUCCUCGAUAAGGAGAAGAUCGAAUCAGCAAUUGUGAAUUGUAUCCAAAUAUUAUUGACAUUGCUGGAGACUCGAAGGCCUGCUUUUGAAGGCCAGCUAGAGAUUUGUCCAACUGGUAUGAAUCAUGCAGCCUUUUCUGUGAGUAAUAGCACAUUGCAAGCCAUUAGAGAAAGGCUGAAAGACUUCCAUCAAAUACUACUGGAACCUCCAAAGAAAAGUCCAAUGAAAAUGACGUGGGGAAUAUUAAACACGCCAGUGGGGAAUACCCGUCUAAAUGUGGUCAGACUUGUAGCCAGCCUUCUGCAAACAAACACAUACAGUAUUAAUGCAGAACUUGUAGAACUUAACACUAUAGAUGUUUUAUUGGAUAUGUACUUCAGAUACAUUUGGAAUAAUUUUCUUCAUGUACAAGUAGAAAUUUGCAUUGCAACAAUCUUAGGAAGUCCUCCACCUCUUGACACCAGCAUAGAAAACAACAUAGAAGAAAAUCUUGAUACUGCCAGAGAAAAUAUAUUAAUUAAACAUUUGUUGCAGAAGUGCCAAUUAAUUCAGAGAAUACUCGACGCAUGGGACAAUAAUGACAAAGAACAAUCAGAAGGUGGAAGACGGAAAGGGUACAUGGGUCACUUAACACGGAUAGCCAAUGCUGUUGUGCAUAAUGCUGAGAAGGGGCCAAACAGUGCAUUAAUAAAUCAGCUGCUUAAAGAUCUUGAUGAGGAUUACAGGGAAAGAUGGGAAACGUUUACCACGGGUUCAUUGGCAGAAACCAAUAAGAAGAAUACUGUGGAUUUGGUUAGCACACACAAUAUACAUUCAUCCAGUGAUGAUGAAGUUGAUUUUAAAGAACAGGGCUUUGCUCCAGACUCAGGGUUACAGCAAGCCUUUUCUGAUUAUCAGAUGCAACAAAUGACGUCCAAUUUUAUUGACCAGUUCGGCUUCAAUGAUGAAGAGUUUGCUGAUCAGGAAGACAUGGUGAAUGUCCCCUUCGAGCGAAUUGGUGAUAUCAAUUUUUCAUUGAAUACAAAUGAGAGUGCUAAUGUAGCACUAUUUGAGGCAUGCUGUAAAGAAAGGAUACAACAAUUUGAUGACAGCGGGUCCGAUGAAGAAGAUAUUUGGGGAGAAAAGGAUGUAACCUUUGCACAAGAUACAAAAAAUCGACACAGAAGUUCAGGUAGCACAGACAGUGAAGAAAGCACAGAUUCUGAAGACGAGGAAGGUGAUAAACGGGAUAAUACAUUUGAGCCCAGUGGUACCAAUCCAGAUGACAGAAUGGAAAUUGAUGCAAAUGAUGCCCCAGGGUGGACAGCAAACUUUGAAGUGCCUAUGGAAACUACAAACAUAAAUGCAUCAAAUUCCAGUGGACCUACUUUGUGGAGUUCAGGUGAUGCGGUAUCGCAGGAAAGUGGAUGGGCUACUUUUUCGGAUUUUUCCUCUCAGUUAAGGUCAAAGGAUCCUUUAAGAAGUAGCUCCCCAAUUGCAAUGGAAACCAGUUUGGACCCAGGGGAUGCUCGACACAGUUGUGUAGCAGCACAUCAUGAAGAUUUUGUUGCAACCUCACACCUUGCCUACAAAGAACAAAAAGCAGGGUCAGCCACGUUAAAUUUAGAACCCAAUUUGUCCGAUGGUGAGGAUGAAGAGGUGGCUACAGACCAAGUAACAGAGACAGUCACAAAUGGCUCCAUGAAGGAGACAGUAAGCCUUACAGUAGAUGCCAAAACUGAAACUGCUGUGUUUAAAAGAGUGUUGAAAUCCUAUCGUGAGGACGUAAAGUUGUCUACCUCUGAAGAUGUUUCUUCAAAAUAUACGUCGCCAGAUAAUUUAGAAGCUGCAAAAGUCACCUCAACGUCACUGUCUAAUGAUUAUCGAAUAGAUGGUUUGAGGCCCGAUGAAGACAAUAUAAAAUCUCGAGCAAAAGACACCUUGAAUGGCCCCAUUGACAAUGUAGCAUCAAUGGAAGAAGUCAAGAUGGCUCAACAAGUCCUGUCACCUGAAGCUUCAAUUAAUGGACCUGCAUGAAUAAUUCUGCCUGCUGUUGUCUACUCCAGCCUGAGCAGCUACUAUCCAGGGGUAUCAGUGGGGUUCACUGGAGGCACUGGGUUUAGGCCAAUCAAAGCCAGUCACUGCUGCACUAAAUUUACAUGGGAUCAGGACCAGCAAUAUUCUUAUCGUAUUUUUUUUUAAAGAUGGAUGUGCAAAGAAGAGUUUGAAUGAAAUGUAUAAAUGAGGGUAUUACAUGUUAACAGAUGCAAAGAACUGUUGCGUGCAUUUGUUUCGAAUACAUGUCCUUUUAAAUGGGUUGAUCAGUCCAUUAAAUAUCUUGCCACUCACAUAAUUAGUAUUGUUGCCAUGGUUAUAAGAGUAGAAUAUUUUAUAAAAGUGUGUAUACUUAAACCUAACGUAUAUAAUUGAAAUAUACCAAUUGGAACACAUAGUGUGACCAAAGUGUUUAGAAAUUUUCAUACUUUUUUUCAUCUUGUAUAAGAAUUUAACUUUCAGUGUUUCUUCCAAGUGGGCAGUGUAAAUUGUAGAGGUGAAAUGCAAAUGUAAAAGUGUUAUUUUGAUCGAGUUGCCUAUAUUAAACCAAUUGCUAGGAAAAAAAAUAAUUGUAAAUGUUCAAGAGUGACUCUUUCCUUCAGAUUUUAUUUGUAAACAUUUCUUGAAAUCUAGAUUAGUCUUGGAAACUCUUUUAAGUCAGAGCUUAAAUAUACUUGUUACUCAAUAUGAGUUGAUCAUUUGGUAUGUCACUGAAUAACCAUAAGUAUGUUUGUCCUUCUGUAUCUUUUAAUUUCAGAGCAACAGAUUGUACAAAUCAAAGGUGAAGAAUGCUGAGCAUUAGCUUUGAAUUGCACGUGGCUAUUGUGUGGUUCACUUAACUAAAGAUCUGAUCAUUUUACUGUUUUAAAAAAUUCCGUUGAAUCAUUUAACCAGUUUGUUUUUUUUAGAUCCAUUUAUUUUGCCAGGUGAAUAGAGCUUGAUCAGGAUGAACUGAUGCCUGAGCAGUUAACGUAAUAUGAGUUGGCUAAAAGAUUAUUUUGAAAUAAAUUUCUACGGAGUGAAGAGCCUACUUGAGGAAAGUAUGACAGUAACUCCAUAUUUUGAAUUCAGGGAUUUAAAGUGUUUGGCAGAUUGGACCUCUUCAAGGGACCUUACUGGACUGUUAAUGGAGGCGAUGACUAGCAUUGGGUUAUACUAAGGCAAUUUUGAAAAUGUCAUUUGACAAAGUGCCUAUGGUACAGGUUAAAGUGAAAUGAGAUGAUGGUAAUGCUUGAUAAAUUUGUGGAAGAAUUCUUUCACAUUAGAAAAUAGUAUCUGUUGCAGGAAAGUCAAAUAAGAUGUGCACUCGCCUAUUGGUGUGGCCUGUUCUUUGCAGCAUCUACAGUAACUAUAUUGUUGGAUCCUUCAAGCACCUUAAUAUGUUCAAAGUCAAUGAAAUAUUUUAUAUCAACUUCAUCACUGUUUUAAAAAAAAACAGCUUGGGAUUAGAGCUCUAGAAAUAAGCAUUGGAAAAGAAAAUCAAACCCAGCAAUGCAAUUUUCUGUGAUCUACCAAACUGCUUUGGGGUGAUAAAAUCCAAAUACAAUUGUUAAUGCUUGAUUCACCACUUAAACUUCUAAAAUAGUUGAUCACAGAUACUUGAAGAUUGGGAUACUGAAACAUCUUUUAAGUAUCCCAGUGUAGCAAUUACUUAAAAAUGUGGUAGGAUUAUAGUGUACAAUUUUUUUAAAGUAAAAAAUUAGAUUGGGAAAAGAUGGAUUAUUUCCAAACCGGAACUGUGGGAGUUACAAUGUUAUAUAGAUGUGGCUGCCAAAUGGGGGAUAAAAGUCUAUUCCAUCUUGACAAUCUUUUGUUUGCAAGGUUUAUGUGUUUGGUUGCAUGAUAAAAUGGCAAUCGUUUUUAAUACACCGCCAGGAUGGACAUGAACCACUCACACAAGUACAAAAUGUAAAAAGUAUUGGCAUCUUGCUGUCAAAUGAUUCUGGUUGUAUGAUACAUUUUCAUUUGUCCAAUUUCCAAUGUGCAUCCAAUAUACAAUGUAAAUAUACUUUGUUAAAUUUAAUGCCUUUAGUUAAAGUUUGCAAUAAACUGAAUUGCUUAAGUUGUACAAAA